AUUGGAUACAAAAAGUUGCCAUGGGAUCAUCAAGAAGAGAAUCUCGCCCAUGAAUUGAAAUACGCUGUGGACGCGGUGCGUCGAGCCAUGGAUGCUGGUUAUACUAUCUUGGUGCACUGUCAAUGCGGCGUGGCGCGGUCCGCCACGGUGAUAAUUGCCUUUGUCAUGACUACCAUGGGCUUGCCCAUGUCCGAAGCUUACGAUUACGUCAAAGCACGAGCUCCUGCCAUUAGUCCCAAUCUCCAUUUACUGUAUCAAUUGAGAGAAUACGAGCAG